AUGCAUCUCUUUCCGCAACUCCUCCUUCUUGCAUCGAUAAUCCAGAUCUCCCUGAUAUGGUCGACAUCCGCCACGCCCCUCCUUCUCCCAUCGAUUGGUCUCAAGUCUGAAAUCGAAGCAUCCAGUGAGGGUUACGAGACCGUUCUUCCACUCGAGUCCCGCGACGUCAAGCACUCGUGGUGGCCAUUCAAGAAAUACGACAUCCCCAAGGGAAAGCAAAAGUCGCCCAAGGUCUAUCGCGUCGGCGCCAACUGGUGGGGACGAGGCGGGUAUAAACUCGAGUUGGGGCCUGAACUAGGGUCAGGGGCCUAUGGAACAGUCACCGAGGCGACGCUGUACAACAACACCCACCCGGAAAUCGAGGUAGCGACAAAGAAAAGCAAAGGCUAUGACAUGAUCUCCGGGGCCAUUCUGAUGAAGGAGGUGCAGGAUCUCAGCCCAUAUAUCCUGCCCACCAUCUCCUAUUUCUUCGUCCCGGGGAAGCCCACUACCUACUGGCUCGUGAUGCCCAAGCGCGGAAUGGGGAACCUGUUCGAAGUCAGGCGAAGAACGAGAUUGGGCAUGACCCGGAAGGUUCAGUUGUUUCGGAAGCUUCUGGAUGGGCUAGCGACCAUGCACCACCACGGCAUUGCCCACCGUGAUCUCAAACUGACCAAUAUUCUCAUGGAGGAUAUGGACACCCCCCAAUGGGCCGACUUCGAUGCCGCCACCAAAAACAAAACCAUUUCCAGCUUUUUUGGCUCGAACGGCCAUGUCUCCCCAGGUAUAACACAAGUCAAAGACCAUUCCCCAAAGAGCGACGACAUCUUCGCGGCGAUGAUGACCUUUUUCUGGCUGACAGCAAACGAUGACUCACCAGGCAGAUUGUGGGAGGCGAUUAAAAAAGGCGAAGUGGAGAAAUCUCAGCUGCCGGAUAAGAUUCGCAAAUACAUCUACGGCCCAUCUAACGAGAUGGUGGAUGUUGCCGCCGAUUGUUUGUGCAAAGAGUCCGAAGGGCGACUGGAUAUUGACCAGUUGAUUGAACGCUUCGAGUCAACUCCGGAGUAUCAAGAUUCCCUCGAAAUGGAGUGUUAA